UUUGUUGACCCCAGCUUCGGUACUAGAAGCUCGAUUUAGGCCUCCUUCCUCGAUAUUCCCAAGCAUUGAUGCCGCCCUCCCAGAACAUUUCUCGUCCGUCUGAGAAUAUUACUCCCAAUGAGAAAAGUCAGUAUCGAUUGUUCAAAGACGCUGGGUUCAACGGCAUGCAUGACUUCAUGCUGUCUUAUGGUUUGAAGCCGUCUAAUUUUGAGGACUACGAUGGAGCACACCAGAUCAUAGACCCCAUGAGACGGUAUGAUCAAGAGCACUGGGAAGCAGAGCACAACGAAAGAAACCAAGAUUACUCCGAAGACGGGGAGGCAGAUACUAGUGAACCAAGCCAGAGCUAUUGUGAGGACUGCAAUAUAGAACCGGACAAACCGCAAUUCGAAAUUUGGGAAGACGGCAAAGAUGAAGAUGUAGAUAAAGAAAUGAUGGACAGCAACCCUUCCUACGAUGAAGGUCAUGCGGCGGACCAGAGUGAACCGUGGCAGAGCCACUACGACGAAAAUUGGGAGCCUAGCUCGGGAUAUCAGGAUGACUCCUAUGAGAACUGGAAUUCGGAUGACCAGUAUGAAAACGAUUAUGAAUGAGGUGGAUGGGCCCGUGAUUGGUGAGUCGACCUCAUGUCUGUUUAGUUCCUGAUCUAUCCAUCCGGGUGUCUCGAUGGCUCGGAAGGUUCUGAACUAAAACACUUAGAUUAGGGUUGUCUUACCUAUAUUAUGCGGCAGUUAUUGUAUGCGAUGAGCCUGGGCGAAGAUUCGAAAUAUCUGACUACCAGAUAG